AUGGCUGGUUCAGAUCAUAGGCCUCUAUUGUACUCUAUUCAAAAUGUUGAAGGUCCUAAGCAUUCCCCCUUUAGAUUCCAAAAUAUGUGGGUUCUUCAUCUUGACUUUCUUGGGGAAGUUAAAAAAGUGUGGAUUACUGAUAAGGAUAAAAAUCCUUGGAUUAACUUAUGGCGUCUUCAAAAAAAUGUGGCUUCUCAGCUUAAAAAGUGGAAUUGGAACAGCUUUGGUAAUGUCAAUGACAACUUGAAGGCUGCUAAGGAUAAGGUUCUAGCCAUGGAAAUAGAGUUUCAAAGGGGAGAAGUUUCUGAAAAAGAAUUGCAUAAAGCCAAUGAAGAACUUCUCAUGCAAAUUAUGUAUUUUGAAAAUUUUCUGAAACAAAAAGCUGCUGUCACUAAAUUUACUGAGGGAGAUAGGAAUUCCAGCUAUUAUCAUGCUUGUAUUAAUUACAGAAGGAAGUGUAAUAUGAUCUUGUCUAUCACUGAUUCUGAAGGGAACUGUUUUUCUGAUGCUGGGACUAUUGCCCAAGAUGCUGAGUAUGUUCAAAGAUUGGAGCUCACAAAUAUCCCUCUGGAAGGAGAAAUUAAAGCAGCUUUUGAGUCUAUUGAUGGGCACAAGGAGGGUGGACCUAAUGGUUUUACUGCAAAAUGUUAUACAAAUUCUUGGUCUAUUAUUAGUGGAGACUUUAUUGCUAUUGUUCAAGCAUUCUUCAAGGGUGUGGAUCCUCCAAGAUACUUUACUGCUUCUACUAUCACACUGAUUCCCAAGAAUCAGAUUAGAAAAAGCUGGGGAGAUUUUAGACCUAUUAGCCUUACCAAUGUGGUAUCGAAAGUAAUAAGCAAAAUUAUUGUCACUAGACUUCAACCACACCUACAAGUGCUUAUCAGCAAUAAACAAGUGGCUUUUGUUAAAGGCAGAAAUAUCGCUGAUAAAAUUUUACUUGCACAAGAACUCCUAUUGGAUCUUGAUAGAAAUUGUAGAGGUAGCAAUGUUAUAUUUAAGCUGGAUAUCAAAAAAGCAUAUGACUCCAUCAAUUGGGACUUCAUUUUGGAGAUUUUGGCUGCUAGAGGUUUCUUUGAAGACUUCAGGAAUUUGAUCAGGAGAUGGCUUAAUUGCAACAACCACUCAAUGCUUAUCAAUGAGCAAAGCCAUGGGCUACAUAGAUUGCUGUUAAGAAGCUUUAUUAAGGGCUUAAAGACUUCCAACAGAUUUCAGGCAAGGGUGGAACAGGCUGAGCUAGACCUGAAGGAAACUGAAAAUGCUGCUAAUGGACUGACUGAUGAAACCACUCUGAUGGAAGCCAAUGAAAACUUACUCACAGCAGUGACUUGGCUAGGGAAAUUUCUUAAACAAAAGGCUACCACUAGCAAAUUCAUUAAGGGGAAUAGGAGCACAAAGUUCUUCCAUGCUUAUAUUAAGUACAAAAGAAAAUGUAACACCAUCCAUUGGAUCAAAGACAACCUUGGAAAUAAGAUAAGGGAAGCUACUGAAAUUAUUGAUAGUGUUGUUCAGUAUUAUCAAUGGCUGAUGACCUACUCAUCAAAUAAUAGAGGGCAGUUAGACCCUAAGCUUUUCACCUCUGACUAG